AUGGCGCGCCGUUCCGCCCGACUGCAGAAGCGGUCAACCACCCCCGCAGACACCUCGAUGAGGUCGAGCGACAGCUGGCAUACGGCUUCCUCGCCGCCCCUAGAGCUUCCAUCGCUCCCAGAACUACCCGAUCCCAACAUGAAGACGCCGCAAAAGCCCACCGUUGAAGGGCGCCAGCCCACGUCGAAGCUCCCACAAGCAACGCCUACACCGCUCAAGAGCAAGUCGUCCAAGUCACUGCUCGCAGCCGCGUCCAGCCGCACGCCCAAGGAUCGCACGCCCAUCAAGCCUGCGGGCCAGGAAAUGCAUCCAGCACAUCAUCACGCCAGCACGGCCAAGGUCCUUGACGAAGCGCGCUGGUUGGGCUUUCAGGCGUUGGGCGCGUAUACAGCGCCUCCCAAGUCAACGGCAGUGGGCCAAGGUACACCUUCGAAGACUCCAGUACCUACUCCAGCGAAAAACGUUGCUCACGUGGUGUCGUCGCCCGACUUCCGCUUCCGCUUCAAGUCUCCAUUCCCCUUAUCGAAGGGCUCUAAGAAGGAUGAAGCAGGACUGAGCCCGAGCUCGCGCAACAUCCUGAAAGACGCGGCCAUUAGCGGGACUCCUGGUGGCGGAAGCCGCGCUUUGUUUGGUACGACUGAGUUCUCCACAAAGGCGGACAUGUCCCCACAGCGCAAGAAAAUGGAGCCCAAAGGCAAGAUGGCGCGCUUCAGUGACGUCCACAUGUCACAGUUCAAAAAGAUGGAUUCGAUUGCAAAUCACCCAUCAGCUUUCCGCGCCGACCCCAGCCGAUUCAAGCCUGUCGUUGGCCAGCCGCUCAAGAAAUCGCCUUCGAAGCCCGAAGUAGCAAAGCCUGAGAUGAACAAGUUGAAGCGCACACAGUCGAAGAUGGACAUGGCAGAGUCAGCUGAGUCCGCGAGCAAAAUCCCCCCGACACCUCUGAAGCGGACUCAGUCGAAAAUGGACUUGACGGGCUCCGGUCUGCCGCGCUCUCGAUCGACGGUUCGUCUCAUUUCUGAUGGGCGCCCAGCUUCUCGCGAAGGCAACGGAAACCCUACCGCAAAGCGUGUCAAGCGCACCGAGUCCGACGAUGCUGCCACAACUCGUCCCAUAUCUCAAGAGGGCAAACCUGUGCCUGCAGCUCCAACCCCAGCGCGCAAGAUCACUUCUCAGACCGCACUUCCUCGACUUGCUGCUAGGCUGAUGACACCUACUAAAUCCUCGAUUGCUCGUUCGCAGAGCGUCAAGGUUGCAAAGUCUAGCUCGAUGAUUCCAUCUCUGCUAAAGUCCCCUUCUACAAACAACCUCAUGAAGUCACCUUCCGCGGGCAAUCUCUUCUCCCCUACAACCAUUGCUCAGUCGAUGAGAGAUGGGGCUCGUGAGAGUAUGCGCAAGGCAAACCAAAACCUACAGCGUGUUCGCUCGAUCCUUCGCACUCCUAGCCGCAAAUUCUCGGAUGACCCUACGAAGAUUGCAGCGGGUACUCACAUGUCACCUCCACCUGCCCUGAACUUCGAGAAGGCUCUUCCUUCAAUCCCUGCUACGGCACCCGUCAAGAAGCAUGUCAACUUCAGCAGCAGCACGCUCGCGCGGACAGCCGACGUGGAGCUCGGAAAGUCGCCGUCGCCGGUCAAGUUUAGAGCUGGCAGUGAGAUGCCCGCUGGAGCUGUCGUGUAUCCUACCCUUCAGCCGAGCGUUCAAUAUCCAGACCUGGCCCAGGACGAUGAGGCCCCAGCGGCUUCCCCAUCACGGCGCCUAACGUUCGGCGGCGACAUUCCAAAUCAACCCUCUCAGUUCUCCUUCGAGUCUGGCAAACCCAUCAACUUCGGUCCUGCAUCGACGGGUACGAUACGCAUGGUCCGGAAGAGCGACGCCUCAUCCUUCGCCGACGGCAAGAAGCGCAAGUUGGACACUUUGCAGGAAGCAUCUGAUAAGGAGAACGACGAGCCUGCUGAAGAGGACGUGCGUUCCACAAAGAAGAUGAAACCAACGCCCACCGCGCCUCCGAGGACUCCUGCCAGCACAAGCAAGCUGUCUCGCCAUACUCCUGGACGCAGCAACGCUAUCAGCAACGAUCUACCCACAGACACGCUCGCGAAGGUUACCCGUUUCCUACAACAGUUAGGUCUCAACGAUCUCGCCGAAUUUAUCACAAACCCCCGCUUCAACGACCCGGCCUACCUCACUACACUUGCAAUCGCACUAGCUGCCAUCUUCGUCACCAUGUCUUGGUUCUCGCGCUCCGGUGGGAGCGGGGGCUGGGGAGGCCGCUUCUCUCCCUUUGGCCGGCAGGACAGUUCGCAAAAUGCGGGUGUGGUCAACGACUCGGAUUUCUCAUACAUUACAAACGAAGAUUUACGGAGGAAUGGGGCAGCACAGGCCCCAGAGAUAGUGGACUGGGACGACAAGAAUCCUGAGCGGGAGACAGAUGUCUUGAUCUUCAAGGAGAAGAGGACUCAUUACCCUACGCACUUCCCGGCGCACAGCAUACGUGAUGGAGACCUGAGGAUUGGGACGGUGCGUCAGGCGGCCGCAAAGAAAUUGGGCAUCGACAAUCCGGGGCGCAUACGCAUGUUCUACAAGGGACGAAAUCUAAAGCACGACGAGCGGACUGCGCGAGAGGAAGGCCUACGCGGUGACGGAUCUGGGAGCGAGAUCUUGGUUACAGUUGGCGAUGCCGCUGCUGGCGGUCUUGCGCCCGGCUCAGAAGCCGCACCUCAACGCCCUUGGAGCGACGGCGAGGAAGACGAUGACGACGAUGACGACGACGUCGACUCUGGCGCCAACAACACGGGCAAGAAGAAGUCCCGCAAACGCGGCGGCAGGAAGAGCAAGAAGAAAGUCUCGUCCUCUGCCAACGCUUCGGGUAAUUCUACCCCGGGCUAUGUAGGCGCUGGCGCCAACGCAGAAUACCUCCCUAUACCCUCGCAUGUCAGCGCCACCGCACGACCCACCUCCGCCCCUCCACAGAGCACUCCACGGGCCGCCACCCCAGUCACCGCAAUGGGCAAGCUUGAUGCUAUAGCCAGCAAAUUCCACACCGAAUUCGUGCCGAUGGCGAUACAGUACAUGAAUAACCCGCCAGACGAGAAGGCUAAGAGGGUAUUCGAGUAUAAGAAGUUGAGCGAGACGAUCUUGACACAGAUCAUCUUCAAAUUGGAUGGUGUGGAGACGGAGGGCGAUCAGGAGGCGAGGCUGAAGAGGAAAGCGCUGGUUAAAGAGGUCCAGAAUCUGUUGACCAAGUUGGAUGAGGUUGGGAAAGCUGGCUAA